CAUAUCAUAUAUUUUCUUAUUCGUAUUUAAUACAUUAACACAUCUUGUGAUUUUUGGUCGGGUAUAUAACUGGGUACAUUUAAAUACAAUACACAUUGUGAAAGUAUGGUUAUAUCGGGAGCAUGGAUUGUUUUUAUUUCUUCCUGCGUCGUUGUAGAAUCUCAUGAAAAUUAUUUGAAGUCUCUGAUAAACAAGUUUAGUUCUGAUGGUUCACUUUCUCAACUUCAGUUCCAGGAACUUGCUAUUGAUUUAACUGCUAACAAACUUCCAGGAAAUUUUUCUUCAGAUUGUGAUAAUCAGUCUCCAGGUACUAGUUGUAACAAAACUCAAAGUAUCCAGUGUCUUGGAUAUAAUGAUAUUUUUAACACAUAUGCCAAAAAUGGAAAAGUGAAUGAAACUGGACUGGGUGAAGCAGUACCUGCACUACUGUACUUUACACAAGAAGACCAUUGUAUGAAACCAGAUACAGGGAUAUACCACAGUCAUCACAAGAAGCCAUCUUCUUCACAAGCAUGGGGUUAUGGCAUCGGUUUUGUAAGUUUAAUAGUUGUAAUAUCAAACAUUGGAGCCUUUCUUGGACCUUGCAUGAAAACUCAACUCUUCAAAAGAAUCCUAAUGUUCUGUGUGGCUCUAGCUGUAGGAACUUUAGGAGCAACUGGUCUUCUUGUUCUUACUCCAGAGGCUUUAGGGUUGACAGGAAUAGACAGCCCGGUUCCAGACUACAACUGGAAGAUGACGACUGUGUUAGGGGGAAUUUACUUUGUGUUUGUAUGUGAGAGAUUGCUCAAGAUGAUUUUAAAGGGCAAAAAGAGAAAAGACGAGGAAGAGGAAGUAAACUUAAACGAACAAGGUAAAAUAAAAAAUGGGACUGACCAUUCCCACUUUGACCCUGAAGAUAUGGAUAACAGUUCUGGUGGAGUUGCAACAGUUGCUUGGAUACUGUUGCUAGGCGACUCUAUUCAUAAUUUUGUGGAUGGGCUGUCUAUUGGUGCCGCUUUCACAGAAAAUGUGUUUACUGGUGUGAGUGUAAGUCUGGCUGUUAUUUGUGAAGAGUUACCACACGAAUUAGGAGAUAUUGCUAUUUUACUACAUUCUGGUUUGACUAUGAAGAAGGCGCUGUUUUAUAACUUUCUGGCAGCAAUAGUCUGUUAUGGAGGCCUUAUUGUAGGAAUAGUAGUUGGCGAAAAUACGGAUGCAAACAGGUGGAUAUUUGCGUUUGCUGGCGGAUUAUUUAUUUACAUUGCUUUAGUUGAUAUGAUACCAGAAAUGAAUGAACAAGCAGCUACAUCCCGGAAAAACCAAACCGAAAGUACUUUACAGAUAUUCUUAUACCAAAAUACUGGACUUUUAUUGGGUUUUUCCAUUAUCAUUAUUAUAUCGUAUUAUGCCAAAUACAUUGACUUGUAAACAUAGUGUGUGCGGUAAAGGACAGUUUGUACUUGGCAUAGACUGUCCUUUGCGUAAUGUAUAAAUUUGUGUGAGAGUAGAUCAUAGUGGAGUGGAAGAAAAGAGAGAAAGAAUUAUUCACUACACUUUGUUGUUGAAUGUUAUCAUACAUUAGAGAAAUGAAUCAUUUUUCAGAA